GGCGUGAGGCCCCCUUGGUCCUCGGUUCCGGAGCGGGAUCGGACGGGACGAGAAAGUGGCCGAAAUGAAUCUGGAGCUGCUCGAAUCCUUUGGGCAGAAUUAUCCAGAGGAAGCUGAUGGCACACUGGACUGUAUUAGUAUGGCCCUUACAUGUACUUUUAACAGGUGGGGCACUCUCCUAGCAGUGGGUUGUAAUGAUGGCCGAAUCGUCAUCUGGGAUUUCUUGACAAGGGGCAUAGCAAAAAUCAUAAGUGCCCAUAUCCACCCAGUCUGUUCUUUAUGUUGGAGUCGAGAUGGUCACAAGUUGGUGAGUGCGUCAACUGAUAAUAUGGUAUCUCAAUGGGAUGUUCUGACUGGUGAUUGCGACCAAAGGUUUCGUUUCCCAUCACCUAUCCUGAAAGUCCAGUAUCAUCCACGAGAUCAGAACAGGGUGUUGGUAUGUCCCAUGAAGUCUGCACCAGUCAUGCUAACGUUGUCUGAUUCAAAACAUGUCAUCCUGCCAGUAGAUGAUGAUUCUGAUCUGAACGUGGUGGCUUCUUUUGACCGGCGAGGGGAAUAUAUCUAUACAGGGAACGCAAAAGGGAAGAUCUUGGUCUUAAAGACAGACACACAGGACCUUGUUGCUUCCUUCAGAGUAACUACAGGAACCAGCAACACUACAGCUAUUAAAUCCAUAGAAUUUGCUCGAAAAGGAAGUUGCUUUCUAAUAAAUACUGCUGAUCGCAUAAUCAGAGUCUAUGAUGGUCGGGAAAUCUUGACCUGUGGCAGAGAUGGAGAACCAGAACCAAUGCAAAAGCUACAGGACUUGGUGAACAGGACACCUUGGAAGAAAUGUUGUUUCUCUGGUGAUGGAGAGUACAUUGUUGCAGGCUCAGCACGUCAGCAUGCCUUGUACAUCUGGGAAAAGAGCAUUGGAAACUUAGUGAAAAUCCUCCAUGGCACUAGAGGAGAGCUGUUGCUAGACGUAGCAUGGCAUCCUGUUCGACCUAUUAUCGCUUCCAUUUCCAGUGGUGUGGUAUCCAUAUGGGCUCAAAAUCAAGUGGAAAACUGGAGUGCCUUUGCACCUGAUUUUAAAGAGCUGGAUGAAAAUGUAGAAUAUGAAGAGCGGGAGUCUGAGUUUGACAUAGAAGAUGAAGAUAAGAGUGAGCCGGAGCAGACAGGUGCCGAUGCUGCAGAGGAUGAGGAAGUGGAUGUAACCAGUGUAGACCCCAUUGCUGCGUUUUGUAGCAGCGAUGAAGAAUUGGAAGACUCCAAAGCUUUAUUGUACUUGCCUAUUGCUCCUGAAGUGGAAGACCCAGAGGAAAACCCGUAUGGCCCUCCACCAGAUGCAGUCCAGACUGCCUUACCUGAUGAGGGCAUAGGCUCUGAGAAGAAGAGGCAGUCCUUGUCUGAUGGACCUCAGCCCCCAAAGAAGAAGCCCAAAACAACCAACAUAGAACUGCAGGGAGUUCCCAAUGAUGAAGUCCAUCCGCUGCUGGGUGUAAAGGGAGAUGGUAAAUCCAAGAAGAAGCAAGCAGGCAGGCCUAAAGGAUCAAAAGGUAAAGAGAAAGAUUCUCCAUUUAAACCGAAACUCUACAAAGGGGACAGAGGUUCUUUACCUCUGGAAGGAGCAGCGAAGGGUAAAGUGCAGGCGGAGCUGGGACAGCCUUUGCCAGCAGGUGGUGGGAUCUCAGAGCUGUUAUGAAGACAUCCUGACUUCUUCCCUUUCCCUAUUUCCCGUAUUGACAUCAUAAUAUGGAAUAAGGACAAAAUGUUCAGUCAGGUAAUGGACUGACUUUAAGUUAAUAUGGUAAGGACAAGUGACCUGAUUGCCUAUGGACCCAGGGAAUAAUUUUUGAAAAGGUGCAAAUUAUGGAAGAGGAAAAUUCUUUCUCCUUUGAUCCUAUGUUCCUUCUAACAGUGAACAAAGAUAUUGACUCUCAGGAAAGAAGAUUGGUACCUGAACUUGAUGGAAAGGAGCUACUUUUUGCUUGUUUCUCCACUUAGAAACUCCUAAAGUACAAAAGAGGUCUGUAACAGGAAAAGAAGACACUUUUGCCUCCACGUAGAGGUCUUGCAAUUGUUUCUGUUCCAUCGUUUACUUCUUGAGAAGAUGAGUGCCGAGGACCUAUUAUGUUUGCAGCAACAUUGCCCUGUUGCCAAUUGAAGCAAAAGACUGCAUCGUUAUUUUCUCAGCGUUACUCGCACUGGCUAUGCUGUUAAUGCUUAGAUUCCCCUUGUAUAGCUCUGACAGCUUGCCUUCCAGGCUCACCCACUUCUUGCAGUUUUGGAAUAAUCCAGAUGACCCCAGGGGAGAAGCUUACAGGAAAUGGAUGCUGGUUGGAAGAACCAGGAAAGAGGAACAGAUAAAAGAAAGGGUGGACAUGAUGCAGAGCAAAAGCAGGAGUGGCUCGCACUACUUACCAUGUAUCCACGCAUCAUACAUAGUCCAGAGAUCCUUCUGCCCACCCUUUCAGGAUGAGUAGGAAAAAUGACCAUCUCCCCAAGUGGGAUGUCUGCAUAUAAGACACGGAAGUGUAAUGAGGGAAAGUUUGAGUCGUUCGUGUUUCUGCUCUGUGUCCUAUCCAAAGCCAUCCAGACAUUUCAGUUUUGUUUCUGGGCCUAUAUGAGAAAAGGUGACAUUCAUUCUACAUUUUCAUUUCCUGCAAGUGUAAUUGUUUAAUCCAAAAUCAUAUCAACCUCCAAAUACAGGAAAGGAUCAGUGCAUUGAGGAACAAACAUAAAUUGGAGGUUGCAAAUAAGCUUUUUUAGUUUAGUCAUUUUGAUCUCAGCACGUGGCCUGUUUCUUCUACCGAAAUCUUGAUUUGUAGUCCCACAUAAUUAUAUAAUUUAUACCAUCCCGGGCCCUUCUGUGCAACAUUCCUCAGUAUAAUCUUACCGCCUCCAGCCUGCCAGUUUAGUCAAAGAGUGAAAGGGUGCCUGGGUACUGAUUGUCAUGCUACUCAUGUAGUGUUAUGGAUUCCACCUGAAAGUGACUUCAGUUCAGUGUCCAUGUAUUUCCUUUCAGGUUUUUUUUUUAAUAUUUUGAUAUUCCCAUAGCUUCUUCAAAACCUGCCCGAUAAGGCUGGUUAGUCAUUUGUAAAGUACUGCUGUGAUGUUAGCUUGUGUGUUUGUAAAUAAAGAAGUAUGUUUUAUUUCUUAAA